CCCUGAAGAAUACCUUAUUAUACUAAUUAUAGUAAUGUUGUGAGCCAAAAGAACAAACUAAAUCUGGUGUCAAUUUCUCUCUCUUUCUCUUUUCUCCGUCUCUUUUUUUCUGUGUAAUUUUGCUAAAGAUCACAAAAAGUAUCUGGGUAAGAUCACAAAAAUGGAGGGUCAUAUUCAUCCCUAUUUUCCGAAAGAUCUUUAUUUACCAGAUUUUACCCCUAAUUUUCUCUCUCCACUAACCAUCUUGACUUAUUUUGCUGCUGCUUCAAUCCUUGUUUUCACUCUCACAUGGAUUCUCUCUGGUUUAUAUUCAAAGGCAAGUAAAGUGGAGAAGUUGGUCAUUGGUUGGUUGACCUUCAAUGGUCUGAUGCAUUUGACCCUUGAGUUAUACUUGAUCUUCAGACCUUAUUUCUACAAGGACAAGACUGGAAACAUCUUUGCUGAAAUUUGGAAAGAAUACAGUAAAGGUGAUUCUAGAUAUCUCUCUUAUGAUUCCACAACAAUAGCUCUUGAAGGACUUUCAAUCUUUAUAUUAGGUCCAGCGAACCUUUUAGCAGCGUAUGCUGUAGCAACUGACAAGUGCUAUAAAAAUGUUCUCCAAUUGGUCACAAGUCUAGGGGAGUUGUAUGGUGUUGUUAUAUUUCUCACGAUUCCAUUCAUAGAAGGCAAACAAUAUUCCGCAAGUCCACUCUACUUCUAUGCAUACUUCGUUGGAGCUAAUUUCCCUUGGGCUUUAAUACCAUUGCUCAUAAUUACAAGAUCUUGGAAAAAGAUUUGUGAAGCUGAGGGUACAAUCAAGAGAAAAGUCCAGUGAAGUCUGUUGUUAUUUCUAUUGUUAUGUCGUAACUCGAACGUGGUUUGUUGCAAGUGAUCUUUUAUUUGAUUGUACUCAAGACUUGCUUAGUCCAAAGUUCUCAACUGAGAUAGAAAUUAAUGUACAAGACCUUUUUUACAAUAGAAUAAUUGCUUAUUGCUACGGUCA